GUUGACAUUUGCUUUCGAAAGUACGCUGUGUUGGAGUAUUGUAGUUUCAACAAAUAUUUUACUUAGCACAUUUGCUAUUAAAAGAAGUUAGAGAAUAUACGAUAUGAAUUAUACAUAAAGUGCAAUUUAUAUGACAUCUAAUUUCCGACAUGCUAAAACCGUGAUUGCAUAUAUGGAGUUCUAAAACCAUUACUGUGCCGAGUCUGGUAACUAGUUGGAAAACGCCCAAAUAGUCGGCACAAAAUGGAUGAAAACAUUGAUAGCAAUGUUGCCGUUUUGGCUAUUUUGGAUAAUCAAUCGACUGCUUACAAACCAAACAUGACUAUGACAACCUAUAACCAUAGUCAUACAAUAACUCAAGAAGAAACUGAUGUAAAUGAAACUAAUAAACAAAAUGUAAUUUGGACAAAAAAUGCAACUCUGAUGCUUCUAAGUUUAUAUGAAACAAAAAUGCAUAUGCUUGACAACCCUAAAAAGAAAUCUAAAAUGUGGUUAUCUAUAGCAGAGGAACUCAAAUCAUUAAAUGUUGAGGUAACUGCAGACCAAGUAAGGUGGAAAAUAAAUGCCCUCACAAAAAAGUAUAAAGACUGCAUUGACAAUGGACAAGGGGCCAUGAGUUUUAAAUAUUUCAAUGAAAUGCAUCAAAUUCUGGGGCGAUAUAGUGAUAAUUCUGGAACUUACAGACUGGCUUCUGGUGUGAUACAAGGUUCAGAUGAUUUAGAUAAGGAUAAAAAUAAAAGAAAUUUAUCCCUCAAAGGUUCAACACCAUUCAGACGGUUAAGGGCAGAAAGGAGAGCAAAAAUAGAAUUAGACAAACAAUGGCUAGACUAUUUAAGGAAACAAGAAGAUCAAAAGCAAUUAAGAGAUGAAAGGUAUGAAAGAAACUUAAGGCUGAGACAAGAGGAACUACAAUUGAGAAAAAAAGAACUAGAAAUCAAGCAAUCAUUAGCAUUAAAAAAAUUACAACUAAAAGAACAAAAACAAGAAGAAAUGCUAAAAAUUGAAAGGGAAAAAUGUGCACUUCUAAGAAAGUUGGUAGCUGAUCAGGAUUUAAUGAGGCAAUAAAACAUGAUUUUAGUUUAGGUCAGGUGAUUUGAUUACCUUUCUCAUUUAAAAAAAGGAAUAAAAUGUAAUACUUAUAUGACUUGAUAUUUUAUGUGAGAUCAAAUUUUAUACAAAUAAUUUAUUUGAUUAUAAUACUUACAAUUUUGUCUUUUAAUUAAUAGUAUACACUUAAC